CACAUUCUUCCUGUCCAAGGCAAAACAAUCGCAUCUGCUACUGCAUCUCACCUGUGAGCCAUCACAUCACCGAAACAUGAGCUGGUAGCACCGCAUUCAACAAACACCGGCCUUACCGCUCCUCCAAGCAAUCAACCUGCUCACUACUAUCAUGCCAUUUCCCUCACUCCCCUCACCACCAAGCCUCUUCCCGACUUACCUCGUCCCAUCCAACCCCUUCCGACGCCGCAAAUCCAGCACCGACUCCACAGCUUCAGCAAACAGCACAUCCUCCAACCCCACCUCUCAAGACUCCUACCUCAACUCUUCUCCCACCUCCCAUCUCCACUGCGCCCGCUGCCUCUCCGACCUGGCGCCCACCACACAAAUCAUCUCCAAAGGUUUCACUGGCCGCCACGGCCGCGCCUACCUCGCUCGCAAUGAUGCCCUCCCAAACCUGCCAAACACUUACGUCCACCGGCCCGUUCCGCGACAACUAGUCACAGGAGCACACACCGUCGGCGACAUCAGCUGUGCGCUUUGUGGGUCGGUGUUGGGGUGGAAGUACGUGAGUGCGGAGGAGGAGAGUCAGAGGUAUAAGGUUGGGAAAUUCAUCUUGGAAACGGGAAGGGUGUGUAGGCGCGAUGGGUGGGAUGGGGUUGGAGAGGAGGGGUUGGGAGGGGAGGUUGCGGUGAGGCGGGACGUGCUGGAAGAAACGGUGGAGUUUGACAGUCAGGAUGAGGAUGAGUGUGAGGAUUUGUUUCUGGGAGUUUGGACGCCGCAGUUGGCGAAACGGAGGAGGAGGGAAAGGGAGAGAGGAUUUCGGGAGUGA